CCUACCCUUCCACCCCUUACACUCACCCCCACAGCCACCCUGGCAUGGUUACCACUCCUGCUGCCACGCCCCACCAGCAGUACCAGCAGCAGCACCAGCAGCAGCAGCCCCCUCGGUCCCUUUCUCUCUCUGCUGCUGCCAGUCUAGCCAACCAAAACACAAACGCCUACGGAAGCAGCAGCUAUGGCAGUCCGGCACAGCAAGGCACAGUCACCUAUGGGAGUCUGGCAACCCAAGGCUUGGGCACCCCGGGGGCUCAGCUCAUCCAAGGGACCAUUGGGGGGGCGCUGACCAGCAGAGGACUCACUAACUCUGCAUCUGCCCCGGCUCACGGCUCUUCUCAUGGGUCGUCUCUGCUUUCUGUCGCUGCUGCUGCUGCUGUUUCUGUAGCUGCUGCGGACAAUAGCAGUGGCGGUGCUGUUGCUCCUGGUGCUGCUACGGCUGGCGCUGCUGGGCUCCCUGUGGGCAUAGCCACUCCUGCUUAUGGCACACCCGCUGCAGUGACCUCAGCAGGUGCUUCGGCUGCUGCUCAAACUCCCGGUACUCCUGCUGCUUCGUCCCUCACUCCCUCACUUCACCACUUCAUGGGGCCUCCUUCUGGUGCUAGUGGCGCUGCGUCCCUUGCAUCUUCCGCGGCUGUUAAUGCGGCUGGUGGUGGUGGUGAUUCGCACUCCAGGCGCAAGGGCAGGGGCAACAUGGUAACCAGCAGGGGCAAUGUGGUAACCAGCAGCAACAGGUGCAGCAGCAGCAGCAGCAGCAGUAUCACCAGCAACAGAAUCACGAGCACCAACACGAGCACCAGCAUCAGUGCCCGUUGCACGGCUCCCUGCCACACACUCACACUCACACGCCCUCACACACCCCCGCACACUCGCACUCACUACCCCCAUCCUCCCUCCCACACUCCAAACCAAGCGGCGCAGCAGCAGCAGCAGCAGCAGCAAGUGGUGGUGGGCAUUGCUCGACCGCAUAUGCCCACCUCACACACUCCCAGUCCUUCCUCCCUCUCACCCUCUUCCCACCCCUCCUCCCAUCCCUCACCUCACUGCCACUCCCUCACUCACUCUCAGUCUCAAGGGCGCCUCUCCCCUCGUCACACUGCUCUGAAUCACGCCUCCUCUCCUGCCUCCUCCGUUUCUCAGCACCAGCAUCAACACUAUCAGCAGCCGCAGCAGCAACAGCAGCAACUGCAACAGCAGCAGCAGCAGCAGCAGCAACAGCAGCAACAGCAGCAGCAGCAGCAGCAGCAGCAGCAGCAGCAGCAGCAGCAGCAGCAGUAUUAUCAACAGCAGCAGCAGCAGCAGCAGCAGCAGCAGCUGCAGCAGCAGCAGCAGCAGCCGCAGCAGCAGCAGCAGCAGCAGCAGCAGUAUUACCAGCAGCAGCAGCAGCAGCAGCAGCAGCAGCAGCAGCAGCAGCAGCAGCAGCAGCAGCGGUCUAUUGCUCCUCACCCUUCUUCUCCUUACCCCUCCACCUCUCAGGCUCCUGCCAGUCCGGUAAGCAGUGCCUCCACUGCUUUCCAUACUGCACCCACUCCCGCCCUCCGCCCCGCCCCUGCUCCCGAUUAUGCGUCGCCUCCUGCUAAUGUUUCUGCUGCUCCUGCCACUGCUGCUGGUGCUUCGGCCGCUCGUGCGUCUCCUGCUGCAGCCGUCGCUGCUGUCUUGGCUCUCUCUGGUUACCAGCAGCCACAGCAGCAGCAGCAGCAGCAGCAGCAGUAUGAGCAGCAGUACCAGCAAUUGCAGCCGCAGCAGAACCAGUACCACCAGCAGCAACAGCAGAGUAGCCAGUACCAGCAGCAGCAGCAGCAGCAGCAGCAGCAGCAGCACUACCACGAGCACCAGUCCUUCUGUCCGCUCUCUCGUUCUCCUGCCUCUCCCACCGAGCCUGGAGCUGCUUCCCAAACCUGCCAGACUCCAUACCAAACCUCAUCUGCAGGUAUGGCAAAUGCCCCACUUUCUCGCUCUGGCUUGGCUGCGCCCUCGUCUACCGAACCUGCAGGUUUGAUGGGUGCCCCUCCCGUUAGGGGAAGCUACUGGGGGGAUUCUGCUACUAAUGCUUAUCUAAGUGCUGGUCCUAGUGCGUCGGCUGUUAGUGCCGGCCCUUCCAUUCGGUUGCUAUCCGUUCCCAACGCAUCUCCUGCCACGUCAUCCAUGUCUGCUGGCCCUGCCACGUCAGCUGGCCGUGCCGUCUCAGCAGCAGCUGCCACGUCAGCAGGUGGUGGUCGCUCCCCACAAAAGGGUGCUGUUUCGUCUGGCUCAGCUGGCAUGCUGAGGCUGCCAGGUGUCAUGCCACAUCAGCAGCAGCAGCAGCAGCACCAGCAGCAGCCGCAACAGUAUUCCCAGGGCAACACUUUCAUGCAGCAGCAGCCGCAGCAGCAGCAGCCGAGCAGCAUGCCUGUUGGUAUCGCUCGGCCCUCGGUCUCUGCUAACCGCUGUUUGCAGCAGCAGCAGCAAUUCCAUCAACAGCAGCCCCAGUGGCAGCAGCAGCAGCAGCAGCAGCACCACCACCACCACCACCAAAUGGGGCAGCAGCAACUGGGGCAGCAGCAGCAGCUGCAGCAGCAACUGGGCCAGUUCACAUCACUGGUUGUGGAGUCAAGUGGAAACUACCAGAUGCUGCCAGUUUCCUCCUUCACCCUCCCACCCUCGCAAUCCUCUGCGCCAGCUUUCUCUUCCCAGGAGCAAUCACCGCAGGCAGGAGGGGCAGAUGCGGCAGCAGCCACAGCUUCCAGCAUGCAGCUACCACAGCUGCAGCAGCAGCAAUAUCAGCUUCCGCAGCAGCAGCAGCAGCAGCAGCUGCAGCAGCCGCCACAGCAGCAGUUUCAGCAGCAGCAGCAGCAGUUUCAGCAGCAGCAGCAGCAGCAGCCAGUGCAGUACCCAGGCUACAACAGUAGCAGCUACAUUAGCAGCUACAACCGAAGCUCGGGCCUAUCUGGCACGGACACUCUCACUCCUCCUGGUCCUCUAGGGGGGCUGUUGGCCGGGAGUGCUGACUUCGGGUGCAGCCACAAUGGCAGUAACAGCGGGGGAAACACGUCAGUUCAUGAUUCCUAUGCUGCUGUUGCUGGGGGUGAUGUUGGCGCUGCUGCUGCUGCUGCUGGGAUGGUUGGUGCAGGAGCUUCAGGUUUUGGUGUGGGACCGGCACCAGAAGCAGUGGGAGCAGCAGAAGAGGGAGGUUAUCCCUCGGAUGGUGUGGCAACGCCUGCAGAUUCGGCUGCUGUAUAUGCUGCUUCAAACCAACUGCAACCACAGCAGCAGCAACAGCAGCAGCAGCAGCAGCAGCAGGGCAUGUUCCCGCCUUACAGCAACGCCGCACGGGCAGCAGACGAGGGGAGGCAGCAGCAGCAGCAGCAGGCGUCGUAGCAUGUACCCCCAAGUCCCGCACUCUCAACGUUGACCUAACAGAUCUCCUGGGGAUGGAAGGGGGCACAGACUUGGGGCAGCAAGGGGAGGAGGCGAGGGCCACAGAGGGCAUCUCAGCAGCCAUGGGUGAUGAGAUCUUGGGCGGGCCCUUCAAAAAGCCGCGGCUUUGGGACGAGAGAGAGGAGAUUGGCGGGGGGAUAGCAGGGGCUUCGGCCUCCUCUCCCUUCUCCUGCUUUGGACGAUUGUCCCCCCUUUCGCUUACAGAGGAAAGGGCGGAGAGUGGGGGAGAGGGUGGGGAUGGAACGGAGGCAGUUGGUGAGCCUGGUAACCGGGCUGAAGGGAUCAUGGGCUUUGAUAUGAAAGGGGCGUCAUGGGAUUUUCUGGAUGGGUGCUUGGACUUCAUUUGACAGUGUGAGGUUCUUGGUGGUGCUUGGACGACUGAGUUCGUGGGAGAGGUGCAUCAGUGUGUGCAUGGAUGGAUGUGGCAGUGCAGAGGUUAUGAGUAAGGUGGCCAUUUGUGCCUUGACUGUCUGGUGGCAUGCGCAUGUGUGAGGGGGGGAUGGGGGGGGGGAAUUGCUGGGUGCAUGUCCUGUUGUCUGUAUUUUUUCAACCGUUUCUUUUGACACUCAACUGUGUCUACAAUGGGGGGUUGAAGUGGGGGGAUGGGGGGUAGGAGAGAUAUCCGGGGAAGCAGCUGUGGGAAAGAGAAGGAGCACUGCGGUGCUCCUGGUGUUGGGCCAUCGGCGCCACCAACAACGGAUUGCGCUUGAAGUGCUGCUUACAAUGAAGGCCACGAAGAGAGGAGGGGAAGGGGAGGGGGGGGUUUGAUAUGAGGCACAUGCUUGCUUUUGUUUCUGUGUUUGGUGCUGAUGGGAAGUUGGGCAGUGGGAGAGUGGAGUCAAGCCCACCCAUCGUGCACCAACUAUGCAUGUUCCUGUUUCUGUUUGAACACUGCAUUUUCUUUUGAAUUGUUGGGGAAUAAUUUGCCCGGGGUAGUUGGGCUCCUGUCUUCUAUGCAAUGAGCCAAGGCUCCUACUGUAGCUAAACUACUAUUACUAGUUGUGUUGCUUUGAAAUCUACUAUAUUGCUUUCAUAUUUCUUUGCUAAAAUAUCUAGGUGAAAUUGAG